GGGUUCAGCUUGGCAGGCGGCGGAGGCAGAGGUGGCGACAGUGGUUCUCUCACAGUGGUGGUGAUCGCAGUCCCGCCGCCUCCUCUACGCCUACCACCACCAUCGUAACCACCACCACUCCUCUCCUCCCCCUUACAAUUCGCUGCCGCGCCCAGGGAGUCCUCGUUGUGGUUGUGCUGGUAACAACCACUCUGAAGUCCCUGUUACGCUGCCCCUUCCCUCUCCCUAACACUCCAGGAAACAGUUCACAGUGUACACAGCUGAUAGCACUGCUCUAAGCCACGUUUUGGAGAGCAUUGGAAAAACGUAAAUGAAUUCCAUAAGUCUCCUCAUCCGUUGGCCACUUACCACACUGCUGGGAAUCAUCUAGUCAACAGAAACACGUGUUGGUGCAACUCGCCAGCCUCGCCCAACAGUGCUUAUUGCCUGGAUGGUCAAAACAACACGCUAGUCAGGACACAGUAUCAGAUCCUCUCGCCACAUCGACACGCAAGCAUUUCUGCCAGCCUGUGCCGCCAGCCCUGCCACUCCUUGCCUCCUCCACCCUUUAUCCACCACCCUCACCCGUCAAUGCAGCCGCCAGCGACACUCUCUUAAUAUGAUGCGCGGGACCGGGGCCGCUAUGGGUGAGGCCUCACUCCUGGCCCUGCUGCUGCUGCUGCUGGCACCUUGGGCCGCCCUUGCUCACGCCCCGCAACCCCCGCCUAGUGAGGACCAGCAUGGCGCGGCGCAGGACCACCACCAUCGCUCCACGUGGGACCGCCGCCAUGCCGGACCUGAUCAUCUACAGAAGCUUGAGACUCACUUCUCUUCCCCAACAUUUCUGUCCCAGCUGCCGCCAUCCACCUCACUCUCGCCGCCUCCGCCGUCCACCUCACUCUCGCCGCCGCCCCCAACGCCUGCAGCCCGUGGUCGUGGCGUCACGUCCACGCAGGUCCUGCACCGUGACGUCACGCCCACGGACCUCAGGGAUACACGCUUGGCACUCUCCCGUAGUGACAAUCUAGGCUUCGUCCCCGCCUCUCUCUCCCGGGCUGGCUCACCCUCAUCUUCAGACUCCCUCACCAUCACAGACGCCUCACUCCCGACGCCUUCCGUGGAGACCCUCAUUGCGAUGCUCAACGAGACCCACUCCAGCCUCACCGCCGGCGACGACACGGCAACCAUCUCGCCGCAGGAGUACAAUAGCAUCCUGACCAGGUUCAGCCUGGACGCCCUGCAGGCCACGCAGAUCGCGGAGCGGCUGGGCCUGACGGGCACGGGACUGGCGGAGGUGGAGGCCAACAUGAGGCUCGGUGGUGAUCUGCAAGGCCCCGGUGGACCUCAUGACCGACCCCAGGCGCUGCCACUGGACCGCAACAUCCGCACCACGGGCCCCCUCAACACGCCGGUGUCUUCUAGUAUCUCAGUGGCCACGAGGCGCCUCAUCUUCGGCGAUCCCACGCUGUGCUACACCGGCACCUGCGAGUUCUUCCUGAUGUGUUGGAUGGGCGGUGGCCUCAUAGACGGUGGGUGCGGCGGGUUUCUAUUCGCCUGCUGCUCCAGACCCAACCAGCGUGGCCAGCGGGGCCACCAGACCUACCGAGACGACAGCAUUGGCCUCAUCCCCGUUGACUACGGCCCCAUCAGGAACGACCAAGGCUGCGGGCUCAGUGUCAGCAGCCGCCUCACCGCCCAGCGCAGGAUCGUGGGCGGCACAGAGGCGGGCUUCGGCUCCUUCCCCUGGCAGGCCUACAUCCAGAUCGGGUCAAGCCGCUGCGGGGGCUCGCUCAUCAACCAGUACCACGUGGUCACCGCCGGCCACUGCGUCGCCAGAGCACGCCCCGGGCAGGUUCGCGUCACUCUCGGGGACUACGUGCUCAACUCGGAGCGUGAGCCUCUCCAUCCUAUCAUAUUCGGCGCCACGGACAUCAAGGUUCACCCGAAUUUCAAGUUCACGCCACAGGCAGAUCGCUUUGACGUGGCGGUGAUCACAUUGGACAAGCCCGUGCACUAUCAGCCCCACGUGCAACCCAUUUGUCUUCCGGAAAAGGGCAAGGAUUGGUUAGGCAACUACGGGUGGGCGGCAGGAUGGGGCGCCUUGCAGUCAGGUUCUCGACUACGACCCAAGACGCUGCAGGUGGUGGACGUCCCCAUCUUGGACUCUCGCCUGUGUGAGGACUGGCACCGACAGAAGGGCAUCAAUGUUAUCAUCUACGACGAGAUGAUGUGUGCUGGGUAUAAUGACGGCGGUAAGGACUCCUGCCAGGGGGACUCCGGCGGCCCUCUCAUGAUCCAGGAGGGCGGACGGUGGUACUUGGCGGGCAUCGUGUCUGCGGGCUACUCCUGUGCCCAGAACAAACAACCAGGGAUAUACCACAAGGUGUCCUACACGUCUGACUGGAUCUCUUGGGCGGCGAGUACCUAGAAGGCCUGCAAUGCCCGGGCAGCCUCGUCCUGGAGCAGUGUGUGGCGGCUGCCGGGCGAGACAUGCAGCCAGGAGCAGCGGGCGGCGCCUGGAGGAGUGAAAGGUCGUCCUGCACUCCAACUACCCUUACUCCAAGUGUCAUCUUCCUAAUUCUGUGAUAAUUCCUAAUCCUACUGUCAUUGUUACAGGUAUGGGCGCUUGAUGCUCAGUACUAAGACUUGAUCACACUGCAGAUUGACACGUAACAUUACUUGAGCCUCCCUUUCGUCAUACUGAUUGGAUUGUUAUAUACCUACUGACUCGUAAAGCAUUAAUCAUACUGUUCCGCACGGCUCUAUAACUUCCAGUAACAGCAUUUUGGAAAGACACCACAUGAUCUUUUUUUUUUUUUUUUUUUUUUACUUUUCUUUGUGAAGCUUUUCAUGUGAUGGUGAUGGUGAUAGUGACGGCGGCAAUCCUGGCGGGGCAUUCUUCGUUCCUUUAUUCCAUCCUUCUUUCCAUUAUCCAGACUCCUAUAAAA